GGCCAAGCCGAAGAAACAAAUAUGCCCCCUAGAAAUCCAUUAUGCAAAACAAGAAAUGGCUACUACAACAGAGGCGAAGACUGUGACUCCUAUACUGAAUGUCGGGACUACCAAGCUAAGGAGAUGCAGUGUCCAGAUGGGCUCCACUUUGAUCCGAAGGCGGUCUUUCCUAACUACCCCUGCGGUUAUCCCAUGGACGUGUCAUGUGAAGGAAGAGGACCCCCUCAGCCAGCUCGCUCGACCAGCGAAUGUCCACACCAGUAUGGAUUCUUCCCAUCGGCGCAAGCUAAGGUUGAGCAGUGCGGGGCGUACAGGAUGUGUGUUGAAGGCCACGCUAUAGAGAUGACCUGCCCUGUUGGUCUGGCGUUCAACCCAGAAAUCUCUAGAUGCGAUUGGCCGGAUCUCGUACCUUCUUGCAACGCUGAUGCAUACCUCGGUUUCAAGUGCCCGGUUGCGCCUCUUGACAAAGAUGGCAAACUUCUUAUCGUCAAUUAUAAAUACGAAAGCAACUGUUACGCGUUCUUCUCAUGCGAAGAGGGUCACGCCCGACUGUUAAUGUGUGAUGCUGGCUUCGCCUUCGACCCCGAGGCUGGACGCUGCGUGGACGCCGACUUAGUCAAGUGUUGAGUUGAUACACCAAUUGACUACUUUAGUAAUAAUCAUUGAAUAUUAAAAAGCAAAAAUAAA